AUGAUAUCUGAUGAUAGAGCUGCCCAUGCUGCGAAGGAAGCGGAGGUCGGCAUCACCGACUAUGUUUCUUCAGAGUCACCAGGCUUUGAAGGCAUCGUGAAGAAACGAUAUACUGACUUUCUUGUGAAUGAGAUUCUCCCGAACGGCAGAGUGGUCCAUCUGCAAAAGCUGGGUGGUGCUGCUGUCAGCUAUCCUGAUGAAACAAUCCAGCCAGCGGUUCCAUCGGCACAAAAUGGAACAGACAUUCCAUCCUUGGGCGGGUUGGAUUCAGGCCCCAUGACCGAAUCGUCGCCCACAGCAAUCAAACCCCUAGAGACCGGUGGAGAAGAGCCGAGAACGCCGCAAAAUCAAGCCAUGGAGGCUGGUACCUCACCAGUGUCUGUUGAAGACAUCUCCAGACUGAUGACUUGUCUAAAUGAGAAGGCAGCAGAAGAGCUUCUAGCCUUGUACAACAAGAUUUUGGCAUUUCCCACAGCCAGACCACGCGAUCAUGGAGUUGUGACUGCUGCUGUUCCAGCGGAAAAAUCAGUCCGUACAGAACUACAUGAGAACAUCCGGCGAAUCUUUGGCUCUAGAAUCGCAUCCUCGACAGAUAAGGACAAGAAUUUGAUGACCUUUUCAGCUGCUAUGCCCCAACAGAAAGGUCGGUCGAAUCAGACAGACUACCACGGAAAUCAAACGCGACGACAAGGAAAGCUUGGCUGGGCGGAGCGCGGAGGUGAGUAUCUCCACUUCAGUAUCUAUAAGGAGAACAAAGAUACGAUGGAAGUAAUUUCUUACUUGGCAAGGUCACUGAAGACGAAUGCCAAAAGCUUUCAGUUUGCGGGUACAAAAGAUAGGCGAGCAGUGACUGUCCAACGUGCAUCUGUUUACCGAGUGGAGGGCAACAGAUUGGCGUAUCAGAACAAGACGCUGCGAAACGCAGCAAUCGGUGAUUUCGAGUAUCAAAAGCAAGGCCUUGAGCUUGGUGAUCUUAAAGGCAAUGAGUUUGUCAUCACUCUGCGAGAAUGUCAAUGGGACCAUGCUCCAAAUCUGACUAACAAAGAGAAGAUCUCGGCCGCACAGCAGACCGUAUCACAAGCCUGUCAGGACCUUCAUGAGAAGGGCUUCUUCAAUUACUACGGCUUGCAGCGAUUCGGUACAUUCGCUACUCGAACUGAUGCGGUUGGUAUCAAACUUCUGCAGGGUGACUUUCAAGGCGCUUGCGAAGCAAUACUACAUUACAGUCCACACAUCCUCGCCGUGGCACAGGAUCAGAACUCAACCGAACAAGUCAGUACUGAAGACAAGGCUCGAGCAGAAGCAAUCCACACAUUCCAAACAACAGGAAGAGUGAACGAGGCGUUAGACAAGCUGCCGCGAAAAUUCAGCGCAGAGGGAAACAUCAUCCGUCACCUGGGGAGAAACCAGCGCGACUAUUUUGGGGCAAUUCAGAUGAUUCAACGGAACCUCAAGUUAAUGUAUGUUCAUGCAUACCAGAGUCUGAUCUGGAAUUUGGCUGUGGGUGAGCGUUGGAAGUUAUUUGGUAACCAAGUCGUUGAGGGUGACUUAGUUCUGAUGCAUGAGCAUAAGGACAAACAGUCUACUGCGUAUUCGAUGUCUGAAGAAGUGGACGCCGAUGGGGAGGUCAUUAUCCAGCCAGCUGGAGAAGAUCGUGCCCAAGCUGCUAACGAAAUGUUUGAAAGAGCUCGUGCGCUGACUGCUGACGAAGCAGCCAGUGGCAAGUACUCGAUCUUCGACAUCGUGCUACCCCUUCCAGGCUUUGACGUACUCUAUCCGGCGAACGAUAUCAAGAAGUUCUAUAAGGACUCCAUGAGCAGCGAAAGGGGAGGCGGACUCGACCCAUUCGACAUGCGGCGAAAACAGAAGGACCUCAGUCUUAGUGGAGGCUAUCGCAAGAUACUUGCGAGGAUUGAGCGUGGAUACGAUAUUCAGGUUCGAGCAUACAAAAAUGACAACGAGCAGUUUGUGAAGACGGACAUGGACAUUAUCAAAGGAGAGUCAGGUGGGCUGCAGUCAUCUGAGGCGGUUAGUGGAGAUCCGGACGAGGGAGACAAGUUUGCUGUGAUCUUGAAGAUGCAGCUAGGCUCAAGUCAGUAUGCCACAAUGGCGUUGAGAGAGCUUUCCAAGAGCGGCAUCAAGCAGUACAAACCUGAUUUUGGGGGAGGCCGAUGA